AAAUUAGUAUAUAUGUCAACAUCAAAAUGCCGUCUGUGAUGCAGACGACAAAUGCAGCAAAGUGAUUUGCAAUAGUAACCUUUGUUUCCAUUGACAGAAUGGAUGUCGGUGUGAAUUAUUGUGAGACAGGUGUACCCCCUCAGUAAUAUAAGCAAUAAUUGUGAUAACAUCUUUUGGAUCCUCUGUCAAAGCACACCGAAACGAAAGAUGAUGGAAGUGCUGGCAUCUUCUCAAUCUGGAGAGAUCACGCCGAAAGACCAUGGCGCGUUUUUCAUAUGACCACAACGGAGUGCUUGUAAUGUGUCUCCUUGUUGCAAGACUGAUUCCAUCCCUCUUUUAUCUAGUGCUGCUUCACUGAGACGACUUAGCGAAGACAAUGACUGCAGAGUUUCCUCUUCACAGAGCUGCAGCAGGAGGAUGUGAUGAAGUGAUUAAAUACUUGAUUGGUAAAGGAUAUGAUGUUAACAUGCCAAAUUUUGAUCUGAUGAGACCACUUCAUGAGGCUUGUCUAAACGGUCACGUAUCAAGUGUAAUGUUGCUGAUAUCUUCUGGGGCAGAGGUAAAUGUGAGGAAUAUUGAUGGCUCAACUCCCCUGUGUGAUGCUAGCUGCCAUGGCAAUGUUGACAUUGUCAAAUUAUUGUUGGACAAUGGAGCAGACGUUAAUCCAGUUAUCUCAACUGUUACACCUCCUCUUCAUGAAGCCAUCCUAAGAGGUCACCAUGAUUGUGCACAGAUGUUAAUCGAUGCUGGUUCUGAGGUCGAUGUCAGUGAUAACCACUUUGGAACACCUCUACAUAUAGCAGCAUAUAAGGGCUGUAGGAUAUGUGCAGAAAUUUUGAUUGGCGCUGGAGCCAAUGUGAAUGUGACAAAACACCAUCAUAGCCCUCUUCAUGAUGUAGCCCGUCAUAAUGAUGUGGCUUUCUUGUCCCUGAUGCUGGAAGCAGGAGCUAACCAAAAGUAUAAGAACAACAGGGGUUUUACAGCCAAGGACCUCCUUCCGCUUAACUCACCAGCACGCAUAUUUAUGGAUUGCUGGGAAGUUUAUCCAAGGUCCUUGAUGUACUGGUGUCGUUGUGCUAUUCGCAAAGCCAUAGGAAUGAAGAGGUUGCAGUGUGUUGAAGACCUUCAGCUACCAAGGACUUUGAAAGCACAGCUUAGGAUGCGGUUUGGAUGAUCAUUCCUUUGUAUCAGUUGCUGUUUGCACUGAUACCCAGGGAUAUGAGUGACUGAUAUAACAGUUUAUUUUGUGUCUCAGUGUGAAAUUACAAAAGAUGUGAUUGUCUUCUUCAUGGAACAUUUAGCAUUCCUCAGUGGACUGACAUGAAACUCAAGGGGUAUGAUCUGAUGUACAGUAGUGUAUCUGUGGUUGAAACUACAGUUUAAUGAUGUGAUAAGCAAUAAUACUUGUAUACUAUAGAGGUAGAAUAGAAGGCGACACAACUUGGGCUGAGUGGUCAAUGUACUUUUCUGACACAGCAAGGUUGUAGUAUUGAGCACAAAGUAGUCAGUGCGCAGAGUACAUAGGCUUAAUUUCAUCUAACAGCUCUGUUUAAAGAUGUAUGGCUCCCCCUACUAGUACUAAGGGAGACUACCUUUGUCGUUCAUGAUAAGUUUCUGCUUCAUGGCAGUGAGUUGAAAUGUGGUGCGUGACUGCAUACAAAUCAAGCCAUUUUUGCCAUUAUGGUGAAUUUUGGAUAUAGAAUUGAAACUUGGUACAUAGCUUCAUAACAUGUGAUGAGUAUCAGAUCAGGUUCAAGUUUUGAGCUGUUUUGGACUAAGCUGACAGUUUUCAAAAACAGUUGGUACAGGUAGUUAGAGUGUGUGACCAUAUGAGUGAUCUCCUCUUACCAGAAAAUGUAUCCUUUAGCUGGAUAAAUAUUGUUGUCUUAUAUAUGUUUAAUCUUCUGAUACUGUAAAGGUCCUAUCGAUGUGAUUAAAACACCCUAUUGAUUCACAGAUAUGACUUUUUUACAUCUUUGUUGUGCGCAGUUAUUAAAUUUUUAAAGAGUGGAUGACGGAGUCCUCAUAGAGACAAAUCGCGCUAUGCCAGUACUCGUGUUGUGCCUCCUUCUAUUCUACCUAUAGAAUCUAUAGUAUAUAUCAAGGUUGGUCAAAGAAAAGUAACAGGUGUGUUUCGAGCUAUAAAGUCAACUGCUUAUAGAUGGAAAAGAAGAGACGUGUAGUACUUGUGUGAUAGUAAAUGAGAGUUGAAUGAUUCAGGGAUGUGGUUUAAACAUCUCUUAGCAGGUAUGGCUUAGAUUGUUGAAUAGAUGUAAUGUGUUCUCAUUUAUAUGUAUUAUAUCUUUACCUCUUCUUUGUUGAACAAAAAAAAAAUAGGCUUUUGCUGGAUGCAUUGGUCUUCUGUGUUAUAUGAAUUGGCCCCGAAAUGGGUGAUUUUUGUUUGAAUGGGCAAAUAAAGGUCAUCACAGAAUACAUAUGGUGCUGAAAAUGGCCUUUUUCCCAGUAAGAUAUCAUCCUAGCUUCCCAAAAACCCUCAAAUCACCUUUCUGAGAUUAACAGAACUCUCUGAUUUCG